AUGUUCUCCCUAAUAUUUCUGAGUCUCCUCGCGUCCGGUUGGGCGUUCACCGUACCUCUAAGCACUGAAAAUGAACCAAUACCAGACGAGGCGUACGUUCUACCAGGAACAUCUUUCCCGUCAUUAUACGACGUCCGACUUUUCCUAGAUCCUGACAACGAGGAAUAUUUCACGGGAGAUGUAGCUAUUAGAAUAUUUCCAACUGUCAACACCAGUGUGAUAGUCUUACACGCUAUGGCAAUGGACAUUAUAAAUAUCGAACUGACUGAUGAUUUUAAUCAGAAUAUUAAUAUCACAUACACUCUGGCAACGGAUGACACACAUUUCCUGACAGUGAAUGCAAGUGUUCCCUUGAAUAUCAUGUCACCGUACAAUUUGAAGAUAGAGUACACAGGAACGUAUGCGACGAAUAUGUUCGGAAUAUACGUGUCGACGUAUGAACGGCCGGGGGAAGGGACGAUCAAAUUAAUAACUUCACAGCUGCAGCCCACGUUCGCUCGCCGAGCUUUCCCAUGUUAUGACGAGCCUCGGUACAAAGCUGUUUUCAAGACGACCAUCUACGCCCCUCCUAAAUAUAAGACUGUCAGAUAUAACAUGCCUCUAAGAAAUGAUCUGUCGAAACCUGAGGUUGAUGGCUUCACAAAAUACGAGUUUCAAGACACCGUGCUGCAGUCCACUUAUCUCCUGGCAUACCUGGUCUCAGAUUUUGACCACGUUACCAACGAAAACGAUGAAAACCCCAUCUUUUCCAAGCCUUUCAGAGUCUAUACCAGACCAGAAUUAAAUGACACUGCAGUUUUUGCGCUGGAAUUUGGGCAGAAGAACUUAUUGGCUUUUGAGAAUUACACUCAAUUUGACUAUGUUUUGCCCAAGUUUGACAAAGCGGCUGUGCCAGAUUUCGCUGCUGGUGCCAUGGAGAAUUGGGGACUUGUUAUAUACAGAGAAGUGGCGUUGCUAGUACAAGAAGGAGUCACAACGACCGCCACGAAACAGAACGUCGGGCGCAUCAUCUGCCACGAGAACCUGCAUAUGUGGUUCGGCAACGAAGUGAGCCCCGUGUCCUGGACCUACACCUGGCUGAACGAGGGGUUCGCCAACUUCUUUGAGAACUAUGGAACUGACUUUGUCCUCCCUGAAUGGCGUAUGAUGGACCAGUACGUGCUGCUGCUCCAGAACGUGUUACAGAAUGACGCGGUUCUCACCAUCAACCCCAUGACCCACCCCGUGUUCACCCCAUCGCAGAUCAUCAGUACCUUCAACGCUGUCGCUUAUCAGAAAUCCGGGUCCGUCAUUCGCAUGAUGCAGCACUUCCUCACAGCGCCCGUGUUCCAGCAAGGUCUCAUCUACUAUCUGGCGAACAACUCGCGAAGGGCUGUGGUGCCUGCGGAGUUAUACGUCCAUUUGCAGCAGGCUCUCGAUGAAUCUGACCACAAUCUGCCGUGGUCAGUGGCGACCAUCAUGGCCAGAUGGACCACGCAGGGAGGCUUCCCUGUCCUGACUGUCAGGCGGUCGGCUCCUACUGCCGAGUCUAUAUCUAUUUCUCAGCAACGUUUCCUCACCAACCCGUCCCUGUCGUCAUCUACCACCUGGCACGUGCCAGUCAACUGGGUGCUGUCAACGGACCCUGACUUCUCCGACACCAAGCCUCAAGCCUGGGUGCUGCCGACUGGACCUGCUCUCGCUGUCGACAUCCCUGGGCUUUCAAACGCUACGUGGUUUAUUGUGAAUAAACAACAGGCUAGUUACUACAGAGUGAAUUAUGACAACCAGAAUUGGCGCGCGCUUGCCAACGUUCUGUUCACAUCCCACAACAUCAUCCACCUGCUGAACCGCGCGCAAAUCGUCGACGAUGUCUUCAACAUGGCCAGAAACGGAAGAACUAGCUAUUCCAACGCCUUCGAUGUGUCCCGCUAUCUGGUGAACGAGACAGACUACAUCCCCUGGGGUUCAGCCAACAGCGCCUUCACCUACCUGGACACGGUGCUCAGUGGUUCACCAGCAUACAACUUGUUCAAGGCGUAUAUCCUCGACCUCACCGCACCAUCAUACGCAAGACUCGGCUUCCUGGCGAAAGAGAAUGAGGAACACGUAACUCCUUACCACAGGAACAUCAUCCUGAAUCUCAACUGCCGUCUCGGCAACGAGCUCUGUGUGAACCAGUCGCAAGAGAUGUUACAAGAGUUAAGGAAUAAUCCCACUCAGCGUCUGAACCCGGACAUUCAGACGACGGUGUUCUGUUCUGGUCUUCGCGGAGGCAGCGCGGAGAACUUCGACUUCUUGUGGAACAGAUACCUGAACAGUCAGGACUCCAGCGAACAGUCCAUUCUGUUGAACGCGCUGGGUUGCACUUCCAACGAUACUCUGCGAAGCUUCUACCUCAAUCAAGUUAUCGCUGAAGACUCAAAAGUGCGAGAGCAGGACAGGCAUACUAUUCUCGUCGCCACCAUCAACGCCAGCCCGGCCAACAUGGAGGCGGGCUUGGAAUUCGUCGUUCAAAACUUCGCCGCCAUACAACCUAGAGUUCAAGGGUUGACUGGUACAACGAACAUACUAAACGCUUUGGCCAGAAGACUGACAACACCUGCACAUCUAGUUAAAAUCGAAGCUUUCGCUGCCCAACACGAUGCCAUUUUCACCGCUGGUGAAAGGGCUUCCAUCAAUGACAUCAGAGAAAACAUCGGCGCCUCAAUAGUGUGGUCAACUCGGAACUUCGACUUCGUACACAGCUGGUUGAGGACUAACUAUGGAAGUAACGCCAAUAUCGUGACGUCGGGAUUCCUUAUCAUCAUUUCCAUCUUUGUCACAUUGUACAAUCGCUGACAAAAGUCGUUUUGUUUUUAGUAUAGAUAUCCUACAAAAGUUAUUUAUUUAUGUUACUCAAACUUAUCGUACUUUUUUAAAUGUUUACCUACAGUAUACUUGUUAAGCCAAAAAUGUUAUGUUAUAAUGAUGUAAGAUACGACUUUGGUGUUGAUGGACCAUUAGAAAGAAAUAAUAUUUAUUUUUUAUCAAAAGCUCAGUUGAAUUUACAAUGGUUUUUGCUUGUCCGUUAAACUAGGUAAGCCUGUGUCUUAAGGGACAGUAUCUACCUACAUAGUAUUUUUAUAUUGUAUGCAAUUAAUCUUCUAAUGAUUUUUGAUGUCAAACUCGUCAAUCUAAGAUAUUGAAUUAAGAUCAGAGUAAACUAAACCCAUAAUUUCGGAUUGGGUAACUUGUCAUACAAAAUUAUAUUAUUUGUAUUAUUAUC